AUGUUCAGAGGCGUUCCCCUGCGAGGGCCCGGUGUCGUGUCGGGCGUUGUCCGGCAAGGAGGGAGUGUGUUUCCGCGCUCGAGUCGAUCGAUUUCCUCUUUUAACAAUUCUCAACUCUUCAAGUCCUCCGCUCGGUUAGAGAAGCAGCACGGUCUGCUUGCUGGUCGGCCGUCCUUCAAAUCCAGCCCGUCUGUCCGGGCUUGGUCGGCUGCUCGAUUCAACUCGACCUCCGCGGCAACGACAACGACAACUGUCGCCUCAGUCGCUGAGAAUGGGUCUGAAUCCACUGUUGAGAAGGCGGCAGACGUUCUGUCCGAGGUCGACCUGACGGCCAUUCCGGAACGGAUUGGAUACUUGAAAGAAAUAGGGUUGGAUUAUGGCUGGGGGCCAUCCUCGAUCGUUCAGUAUAUCAUCGAACAUAUUCAUAUUUACAGCGAUCUCCCGUGGUGGGCUAGCAUUAUCGGCUGUGGUGUUCUGUUCCGUCUUGCAAUGGUGAAGCCAACAUUCAUUGCAGCGGAUAACGGCGCCAAGUUAUCGAACCUGAAGCCCAUAAUGGAACCGAUUCGUGCAAAGAUGUUCCACGAAAUGAGGUCGAAAAACCAACAAGUGGCUAUGAAGCUUAAGGCUGAGCUGGCACAGAUCACUGAGCAGAAUGGCAUCAAGAAUUACAGGUCCUUCCUGCCCAUGAUCCAGAUUCCUUUCAGCAUUGGCUGUUACAGAGUGGUUUAUGGCAUGACUUCCCUGCCAGUGCCUGGCCUUGCCAUGGAGAGUCUUGGCUGGCUGAAAGACCUGACGGUUGCCGAUCCGUAUUUCCUGCUCCCGGUGAUGACUACUCUGUUCAUGUACCUCACUAUCAGGAAAGGAGGAGAGUCCGGCAUGAGUAACAUGAAGGAUACAAGCUUCGGGAAGUUCUUCAUGUACGGUCUGCCGACACUGUCGUUCGCAUUCAUGGCCAAUUUCCCAGCCGCUCUGCAACUGUACUUCCUCGCAAUGGGUACCACUGCUCUCAUCCAGUCAUACUUGCUCGCCAACGACAGCUUCCGGAAAUUUGCGAACAUCACAAUUCCUCAGAGAUUUCCAUCGGCUACCACUACCGAGUCUCCUGCGAUCGAAAGCGCGAACAAUUCCAUCCGCCUUCUGGCGGACAGAAUCGAGGCGGAAAAGGCCAAAUUGGCCAAGGCAUCGCCUCCGGGGAAGCCUGACCCUACCAUUAGCCUCAUUGACCGUGCGGUCAACUCUAGCAAAGGGUUUGUGAGCGAACUUAAACGCGAGACGACCGAGAAGAUGCAGGAGUUUUCGGGCAAGGGCCCUCAGACUAAUGCUGACGGCACACCCGCGGCUCCGCCCAGACUCAACGAGAAGGAUAUGAAGCUGGCCAGCGAUUACGAGAGGAGACGGCGCGAGGAGGAGGAAUGGAAGCGCGAGGAGCGCAACCAUGCUCGGAGAGAGGCUCACAUGAAGGCUCUGCAGAUGGAGAGAGAGAAGGCUGCCCAGUCGUGGAAGGCAGCGGCCGCCAAGUCGAAGAACAAGCAGAGAUAA